AUGUCAUCAACACCAUUUCCUCCAAUCGUUCGUAUUGAUCGUGAUUUAUCUGCAGUUGUAGAGAACGACCCAUAUCGACUAAACACUCGCAAUGAAGAUCGAACAGGAAUCAAUGACUUGUCACCAACAAUUCAGACUAGUUCAGGGAAUGCGUCAACUUCAACUCAAAUAAUUACUGAUGUGCGUUCACUAAUGCAACCUGAAGAAGCAAAAGAUAAAAGGUGUUGGAUUUGCUUUGGCGAAGAAUCCGACAGUGUGGGUAAAUGGGUCCGCCCCUGUAAAUGUUCUCUUAUAUGUCAUGAAGAGUGUUUGCUUGCUUGGAUUACAGAAAACCAGAAAAGUACUGCGCUAAAGAAGGUACGGUGUCCCCAAUGCAGAACCUUAUACCAUCUCGCUGAACGAGCGUCCCUUCUUUUACGCGUUUUUUCUAUCGUUGAUUCUGCAAUCCAAUCUUCGAUUCCAUAUUUCACUAUUUUCGGUGUUACUUUCGCAAUCGCAGUUACAAAUAUUCACUAUGGAGCGUAUGCAGUAAUCACGAUGGUUGGCCUCGAAGAUGGUGAACGACUUUUAGAAGGGCCCUGGAGCUGGAGGAUCUGUUUUACUCUCCCUCUCGUUCCGAUAUUGCUUAUCUUUUCGAGGGCUCGUAUUGCCGAUCCGGUGAUGCCACUUAUCCCUAUGCUAUUCAUCAGAUAUGAUCAAUUAAGAACUACAAUGCCUCUGAACCCAUCUCUUACAAUCUCUCUCUUACCAUGGGCUAGAAUCAUUUAUAAUUAUACUUAUAACCGUUUGUUUGGUCGACUUGAGCAAUCAUGGCGUAGGCAGCUAGAACCGUAUUCAGUUACGACAGAUUCUGAAAAUGGUGAAAAUGGUAAUGAACGACGUCGGGAAAAUCAAGAUAUGUUGGAUCGUUUGGAUAGAAGUAAUGCUGGACGCAAAAUUAUUGGUGCAUUGUGCUUGCCAUUUAUUUCUGCUAUGGUUGGAAGCUUCCUUGGUCGAUUUUCAUUUAUUCGCUCACGUAUACCAGAUACUUUUCAUCGCAAUGUUCUUGGUGGAUGUCUAUUUAUAGUCAUAAAGGAUAUUAUGAAUCUCACAUAUAAAUACCAAAGAGCAAAGCAUCGGCGGUCUAGGCAUAUUAAAAAUUAUACUGAAUUUGCAAAUGAAGAAUUUACUAAUACUAGAUAA